GGCCCCGAGCGGCGCUCCCGUCUGGCAGCCGCUGCGCUCGGCAGCGCCUCUCCUGCGUGCGCUCCAGUUGGUACGGCCCACCGCGGGGAUCAUGGCGAUUGAUGGUGGAGAACGAACUUGUGGUGUACAUGAGCUGAUCUGCAUUAGAAAAGUAUCUCCUGAAGCAAUUGGAUUCCUGUCUGCAGUUGGGGUAUUCAUUGUCCUCAUGUUGCUACUUUUCCUAUAUAUUAAUAAGAAGAUGUGUUUUGAAAAUGUUGGUGGCUUCCCUGAUCUUGAUUCAGGAUACCCUACAAGAAAGAAUUCACAAGAUAAGCUUUACAACUCUUAUAUGAGUAAAGAUCAGCAUGGUUCAUCAUCUGAGAGUGAAGAUGAAGCACUGGGUAAAUAUCAUGAGGCCUUGUCUAGAACCCAGAGUUCCAGGCUGCCAGUGGUGGAUGGCAGACAGCAAAAAAACUAUGUAUGGGAAACCAGGCAAAAAUAUAGCCCCCUGUCUGCAGAAUAUGAUGGAUACAGUAGUGAAGCCUCAAUAGAUGAAGCUAACUGCAUUCAGAGAAUGAGAAGAACACCUCCACUAGAUGAACUGCAGCCACCUCCAUAUCAGGAUGAUAGUGGUUCUCCUCAUCUAUCAUGUACGCCUUCUGAAGUUGGAGACAGUAAAUGUGAAUUUUCCCAGUGCAGCAACAGUCCAAGAUGUUCAUAUAAGUGUCCAAGUGAGGGAAGCACAGGACAUGAAAUAGAAAGCUUCCAUAACAAAGGAUAUGAAGAGGAUGUACCAAGUGACAGUACAGCUGUCCUUAGUCCAGAGGAUAUGUCAGCUCGAGGAUCAUCUUCACAGCUUCCUAAACCUUUUGAUCCUGAGCCAGUAGCUAAAUAUGGCACACUGGAUGUGACUUUUGACUAUGACUCACAGGAACAGAAGCUUUUGGUGACAGUGACAGCUGUCACAGACAUUCCCACAUACAGCAGGACAGGUGGAAGCUCGUGGCAAGUACACCUAGUUCUUCUCCCCAUAAAGAAACAGAGAGCAAAAACCAGCAUCCAGCGGGGACCGUGCCCUGUCUUCACAGAGACAUUCAAAUUUAAUCACGUUGAGUCUGAGAUGAUUGGGAAUUAUGCAGUUCGCUUUAGACUCUACAGCGUACGCCGCAUGAAAAAGGAGAGGAUUGUGGGAGAAAAGAUUUUUCACUUAACAAAAUUGAAUCUUCAAGGGAAGAUGUCAGUGCCAGUAAUAUUGGAACCUUCUUACAGUCUGUCUGGUUGUGACUCUCAAAUGAGCAUGUCAGAAGUAUCCUGCAGUGAAAGUACCUCCUCUUGUCAGUCUCUGGUGCAUGGCUCAGCUCCAGAAAUCCUCGUUGGCCUCCUUUAUAAUGCUACAACUGGAAGAUUGUCAGCAGAAGUGAUAAAAGGCAGCCACUUCAAAAACUUGGCAGCAAACAGACCACCCAAUGGACUGUUCUGUUGUCUAAAACACUUGAUAGGUGGACAGGUUUAUAUAAUCCGAGAUACAUAUGUUAAGUUAACACUCCUGAACUCCAUGGGGCAAGAGAUGUCCAAAUGCAAAACUUCCAUCCGACGAGGACAGCCAAAUCCAGUAUAUAAAGAAACCUUUGUUUUCCAAGUGGCGCUGUUUCAGCUUUCGGAUGUAACGCUCAUAUUGUCUGUAUAUAAUAAGCGCAGCAUGAAACGAAAAGAGAUGAUAGGGUGGAUAUCCUUAGGUCUCAACAGCUCAGGAGAAGAUGAACUCAAUCACUGGACUGAAAUGAAAGAAUCUAAAGGACAGCAAGUAUGUAGAUGGCAUACUUUACUAGAAUCGUAAUGAACAGUUCAAAGUGCAGUUGUGAUUUUAAGGGAAUUUUGUCUUUUGAGAUGAUGGUCAUUUCAAGUCACAGUCUGCAGAUCUGUUGCAGAAGUGAGAAAUGAAGAUUGAGAUCAACAUUCCAUCUUAAAGAGUGCACAACCUGCAGAAUGGUGGGAUUUAAUGUAUAAUCUUCACUUAGUAUCGAACACUUCCUUGGUGUCAGAGGAGCCUUGCUGUAUGCAAAUAUGUUAGCAGUCCCUCCCCAUCCACCUGAUGCUGUAUUUGUUUGGAUUGUUUUGUGUUUUUCAAUUCAGUAAUAUUUUAUGUGAAGUUUUCCAAAUUGGUGUAAGCUCCUUACUGUGUACUUUUUGUAAUGCUCUAAUACUGUAGCUUCUGACCUGCCUGCAUUCAGACUAAGGGUCAAUAAUUUGCACUAUGAGAAAAAGUUGAUGAUCUGUAAAGCAAAAAACAAACACCAAUACCAAACAAACAGGGAAAAAAAACAACCCACACCAGGGGAGAAGAGCAUUUAGUAAUAAGGUGUAUAUGAAUAUGGUGUUGUUUUACACUGAGUUUCUUUCCAGGAGCUUAGUACAAUUAAGUUUUCAUUUUUGAUAUGCAGUUGGUUUGAAAAAUACUAGCAUUUGGGCAUCAGGUGAACUUCAACAUAAAUGUUUCUUCAAUAUGUGACAGGAACAAGCUCUAUAUUUGGCAUAAAUUGGGUUUUUCCCCUUUGCCUGUACUUCUGCCUAAUCCAAAGAGACCAGAUCAGUAGUUUGGUCCCUUCCAAAUCUCCUUAGACAGGUUGUACUGUAAAAACUAUGUAACUUUCUGUUGAAAGCACCUCCCGUGUUCAUGUAUUCCAAUGUAGGAAGCUCAUAGGGCACGAUUUUACUAAAAUAUUUUUGUGUUAAACAAAUCAGUAUGGGUUUCUUUAAAAUGUCAGCAGUUAAAAGCUAGGUUUGAAAGACUGAAGGUAGUGACAUCAGCUGAAUAGCACAGAACAAAUGAGAAAUAUUAUGACUUCGAUUAAAACAGACAUCCAUUUGAAACUCUUCUGAGCUGUUUUAGGGACUACUCAAUGCUGUUUGUUGGAAGUACAGAGCAGACCAGAAGUUUUUACCUUUCUUCUUAAAGAAGACAGCAUUAGUGAGUUUUUGGUUUUUUGUUUUUCUUUUUAGUGAUUUGCCAGCAAUUGAAUGAAUUUUCAUGCCCAAAAUAGAAGUUUUCUUUGUUUAUGUUCAGGCUGGGAGGCACAGCUUUCUAUCAACACAGUUGAGAAGCCACAGUAUCACAAGGAAGUUCUCUAUCAGAUAUACAUUUCUGGCUUCCACUGAAAUAAGGGAAAUAACUGUGCUUCCGAGACUACAGUGUGUCCCAGACAUUUUAGUGGGAAUCACACUAAUUGUCUGACUGCUGAACCCAAUUCAGAUUAGUGAAAUUGUCAAUUAUUGAGUAAUUAUUGUUUUUAAAAGCUACCCAAUUCAAAUAUUCUAGUUGCCUGUAGUGAUGUUUCAUUUGUUUUUAAUUGUUGCUGCAUGGAAAGCAAGCAUAUUUGUUUUUCUUACAAAUGAUGUUGAAGUCUUACUAGUAUGAAACCUUACGGACUGUUUUAGCACUUGGUAGGGAGAAGAGUGAAGUUUAGGAUUUUGUUGAGAGAAUUAGUGGCAACCUAGAGCAUUCUGAUGAGGACAAUUUUUUUUAAGUUGAAUUUCUUCAUAAUACCUUUGAACAAUCCUGGCUUUAGGAUAUACAGCUGAGUAUGGUGAGACUGGAGACAGCGACUAUAGUGUAAGGUAUUUCAUGUAGUUCUCAAAUUCUCACACUAGUUCACAAUUUCACUAGGGCCUUUCUAAGGAUAUUGUAAUUCCACUUAGUUUAUUUGGUGCCUUCUGAUGGAUUGAUUUGCAGUGCCAGGUUUUCUGGUUUUAAAGAUAUAAAAAUUAGCAGGCCUUUUUUUAAUCUUAUUGCACUGCUGCUUCAUUUAUGGAAGCUUUAUUUACUACAUAGAAAUAAUCCAAAAACUCUUUAACUUGGAAAGACCUUGCAGUGCUACAAUACAGUUUGUUUCUUGUAGUCCUUGUUCCUCAGUUUGUGAAGUGCAGUGUUGAGUGUAGCAUUUAAUUAAAAAAAAAAAUAAUAAUAAUUUUAUAUGCAAAAGGAAAUUGCUCAGAUUUUUCCCAAUCCUUUUAUCUUUCCUACAAUAGAAAUUCUGACUUAAAAGCUGAUCAAAAGCAAUUUUUCAAUGGACAUGGAACCAUUUUCACUUAUUUUGUUUGUGGAUAUUUGGAUGCUUUUUCCUGAAGCGGAAAUGUACCUCUUAAUGAUUGUGUCUUUGAACAGGUUUUGCUUUGUAAAAUAAUGUACAGUAUUUAACAGCAGAAAGGGAAGAAGUUAAUUCUAAUGGAGGAUAUAUUUAAUGUUGCCACUGAACAAAUGAAGGAGCCAGUUUGGAAGGUUCAGCAUAUGACCUCUUACAGAAUCCAAACUAAACUAGCCAUGUCAUGACUUGGGUUCCUGUUUGUAGGUUGCAUUGUUUCAGUUUUACAUGUAAUCAAUCAGAUUUCUAAGACACUGAAACCUUAAUUUAGACAGAGCAGAGCUUUAUAAUAAUCUGUUGGACACAUUUUGGGAAAAGGAAUCUCUUUCCAGAUUAUGUGACUCUUCCCACGGUAUCUGUUUCCAGUUUGUGCUUCACUGAGGAAAGUUUGGCUAAUUUGGAUUUAUUCAGUAACGGCUGGAAACUGUAAAGAAUGGAAAUGAAUAUUUUCAGGUGGUAGAAUAUUGAUUUUUUUUUUUCCAUGUAAAACCAGUCACAGCAAUAGUUGGAUUCACCCUGGCAUUUUUGUGAAUAAGUUACAGUAUCAGUAGCUGUCACGUUCUUUCUUCAGAGAUGCCAUUCUUGUGCUUUGUUCAUCAUUUUGUUCUUCUGGUUGUUUUUAAGUGAACCAAUACUUUCCCAUUUGAAAUCUGCCUUGGAUAUGUAAGACCCUGCAUAGGGGUUUAUACAUAUGCUGUGUUUUUGUGCACUCAGAUAAAUCUCAAGCAUGGAAGAGAAUUUCUAAAGAACAAAGUGUUCAGAGCAAAUUAGAAAUGGGCAUUUGUGUUUUUCUCAGAUUUGUCUGUGUUUUUCAUAGCUUUUUGUUGCUUAUCUUUAUUCAAAAGUACAGCUGGUACUUGGAAGAGUCUACCAAACUAUUUAAUUGUUUUUCUGUUUGUCAACAUGGUACACAGAGAUGAAAACUCUUGAAUGGAAUCUCUUUCCUGCCAGCAAAGGUUUAACUGCAGAAUAGUGAACUUCUUACAGGCUCUAUUCUUGAAGAUAUUCCAUCCUUGUUGCAUGUAAUCUAAUUAUUUUAAUGUUUAGAACAUUCCAUGUAGAUCAUCUCAAAGGUAAACUCUUCUUAAAGGUAAUAAAUACAGGAGAAGAUGGCUUAGUUCCGUUCACAAUCCGUUCACAAAUGGGCAAGAUUGCAAUCUGUACAGAAGUGUGAAAUCACUGUUCAAAAGGAUGAGAGAGGACUUGCAGUCCCUGUAGGAUAUUGCUGUCUCCCACAUAUUUGGAGACAUGGAGUAAGCAGAGCCAUGCUUUCACUCCCUACUCAGGGGGUAAUGCUGAUGAGAUUCAAAGGUUGGUACCUGUGGUGCUGCCUCAUGCUCAGGGCUUCAGGGGCAGCCAUGCUGUAACCAGACAUUGAGACAGCAAAGGGACAGCAAGGUGUAAGUUCUGCUAUUGGAGAAACAUGAUGUAAUUUUUCAAUCCAGUUACAUUUACAAUCCUGUAAUCUAAUUAAUAAUUAGAUUACAAAAUAAGGUGAGCCUUUGGGGUUAAUGUAUUUGCUUUUACUGGAGCUGAAGGUUAUUUAUCAAUGGAGAGAAUACUGAAGCUGAAAACUGUUUUUUUUUAUUUGCUGUAGGAAAUAUUUUCACCUGUAAAUUCUUGCAACUGUUCUGCUGGCAAAUGCAGUGCUUUUUCAGAGUUUUGAAGCAAUGUUUUUGUUGUAUAAAAUUUGUUUGUGUUACUGAUUUAUUCUCUUUACUCCCUAAUGAUUUGCUCCUGCUUGAUAAGCUGUCUGUGGUAGUCAGUGGAGCUUAGAAGUCAAGGGCACCCUGCACUCUUACCAUAAUGUAAUGGUGCAAAAUCCUGUGACCUGUCCAACUCUCUAAGUUUUCUGAAAUGUAAAUCAUCAAUUCUAAUACGAUGAAGCAGAAGACAAGACAAAACCUCUUUUUUCAUGGAGACUUUUUAAUGUAGGAAUUGAAUAGAGAUUGCUCUUAACAUGGAUGAAUUCUAACAAAAAGUCUGUGGUAAAAUAACACAAUGAUGUUUGAUGGGAAGCCUCUUGGCCUGAGCUGUUCCAGCUUUGAAACUAACAGCACAGUGCUUUUUCAUUUAACCAGGAGUUGUACUGAGCCCUUAUUCAUCACACUUUUCUGUAUGGGGAAAAAAAAAAAAGCUAUCUUGUCUAAAGCAGGCUUUAAUAUUACAGCUUGUCAGUUGCAAGGCAGGUUGACUUCAUCCUUAAGCUGAAUUCUCAGUAGCAAUUCAACAUUCAUUUAAUUCUCUCACAGAUGUGCAUGCAUACCUGCCAUUAAUAUCAAUGAGAGGAACCUAUGGGCGUCAUCAGGAAAGAAGACCUGACCCUGAAAGUGUUACACGUGAUAUGAUCAGUAGAUUAGAGAAGUGAUACAGCAUGGCACCUGCAGCACAGGCAGAUGAGAUUCCAGUGAUGAAUAGAUGUAAGAAAAACAAAUAUCAAGGUACCAUCACAAACUUAUUAUUUAAUCCUUUACAUCUCUUAUUUUUGUUUCUUCUUUUCGUAUGGAUAUGGAAUAUCUUAAAAACUUUAAAAAUGUUAAAGCAAUCACCAAACAUCUUGAUUGCUUGCACUGGAUUAUUCAGCAAAGUUUAUUGUUAGAACAAGCGGUCAAUAAUUUUCUAUUUUGUUGGUCUACUUAAUGAGUAGCCAGAUCUUGUAGUUUAUCACAGCUGGGUUUCAGACUACUUUGUUCUGGUAGUAAUUUUUGAGGGGAAAGUCACUGGAUCAUUUGCUUCAGUGAAAUGAUGCCUGAUAAAGAGACGUCAUCCGAGAGUGAAAGCAUUAAAAUAAGAAAUGGCUUCACACAGUGGUAGACUCCAAUUCCACUCGUGGAACCUUGUGGUCCUUGGAGGGCCCUUCUCAUAGAAAGUGUCGUGCAUUGUAGGAGUGUAUACAUGCAAAGUUGCACAUGCUGCUCUUUAUGGGAUCCCCAGGGCUUUUAACCUAGCGUAUUUUUACAGAGAAAAGAGGAGAAGGUAAGUGUUUAUGUGCAGGGUGAGUACAAACUGGCCUACAGUGAUGUGGAUUAGUUUAGCCUUAAGAACUUACCACUGCCCCUCCUUAAGUUCAAGCAGGGUUUCUUCCUUUCUGCAGACUAUGCAGAAAUCCUAAGCACUUAAUGUAUUUGUUUGUGUUAUGCCUACCUGAAUAUGGCACAACUGUUCUAAUGUUAGCCAGCUUAGUGCAUAUUUGACAUGGUGUGUCUGAUCUAAUAGUUGGUCUGAUACUCGCUGGACCAGGUUUUGCUGUGCAGGGUUUUGCUUGUAUAAUAUAGAAUAAAAUCUGUGUGGGGAAGAUUAGGCCAAGAUUUAGGAAAGUGUAUCGUAUUGCUGCUUUAGGGAUGAAGACCAAGAAACAGCUUUGCCCAGGAAAUGGGCAAUCAUAUGCUUCUUGGAAGCAUCUGCUGAUAGAGCUGGUACGGUCCACCAAAGGCUGCACAUCUCUGAGGAUAAUGCUCAGGAGAUCAGAAGCAGUAAUACCAUACUACUGAAGGAAUACUUCAUGGAUGUUCAGGGAUGUAAUUGAUGUCAUCCUCUUUCUCUUAUAUCUGAGAACAGAAGUCUUGCCCAUUGUAUCAAGUUAAUUCCUUGGCUGCAUUUUGAAAAUCCUAUGGGCAGUCACUGCAUGCCUGGGGUUUAAAGUGGAUUGCUUUAGAACUUUUAAUUCAUUUUCAAAGCAUGAUUUUGAAUUUUCAGGAUUAACCAGAAGCAUUAUCAUAGCUUUAAGAUGUAAGGUAAUUUCUUGGCCAUAAUGCAAGCAAGGGGCAGGGCGCUGAACAAGUUUUGAUAGGAAAUUUUGCAAAUGGCUUAUUGUGACAUUUUAAGAAAAUUUCUAAGCAGUUGAAUGUAUUAGGGAAUAUUUACAAAAAAGAAAAAGAAAAAAAAAGGAAAUAGAGCAAUGAUCUUUUUCUACUACACAGCUAAUGUGCUGUCCUUUCCAGUAAACCACAAGGUUCAUUAGCGCUCCGUACUGUUUUGUUUAUGAUGAUAACUGUUUUUAAUGUGAUUUUCCUGACAAAGUGUAAUUAGUGAAACCUUUUAUUCAAUUUUUCCCUUCCUUUGCUUUUUUUAAGGAGAAAUUUCUCCUUAUAUAGCAUAUAUACUUUCUUACAGAGCUUUCUUACCUAUUUUUCUAUAAGAUGAUUUAACAAUCUGAAAUUAAAUGCUCUAUGAGCAAGCUAUAUCACUGUUACACAAUCUGAAGUGCUAAUAUAAUGACUAAGGGCCUGAACCUACUGCCUUUCACUCAGGUUUUGGUUUAACCACACUUCUUUCACGUUGUGUAGUACCUUUCCCCAUAAGCAACUCCAUCUAUUUCUCUGGAGUGACUCAGAGAAAGGUACUAUUAACAUGAGUAACGGUGGUAAAACUGAGCCUCCUCUCCAUUCUUAGCGGGACAUCUGUCGUGAGUAAAGGCUGCUGGCUCUGUCCCAAAAGCGUAGUUAUAGAUUAUAGUUCCCUUGAUCUUCAGUAAUUUUGAACGUGUUUUCUGGUGACUAUAAGCUAAUAACUGAUCAUAGUGAAUACAAAUAUUGAACUGUGCUGUUAUCAGCAAGGUUAUUAAAAUGUGUUUCACAUUUUAAUUCAUUCUCUCAUUGGGCUAUAAGGAAUUGGGUUUGAGAAGCGUUCUAUUACACGGAGAUAGCACACAUUCACCACAUUUUUAAUAAGUGUAUGAAAUAAACGGUAUGUAGCAUUUUCUUGCAUACUUUUAUACUGCCUGUACGCCACCGAAGCACUCGGUGCCUUGUUUCUUUUGUAUAAGACCAAUAUGUAGAGAAACUGAUGUAUCACGUGUAAGCAAUGUUACUGCAACUCAAGAGAUGUCUUAACCUGAUUAUCCCUAGUACAGGAGGUUUCCAAUAGUGGUACAGUUUGACACAAUGCAUUUCUUUGAGAUUUAGGCUUUCCCCUUUCCUCCCUCAUCCCGCCUUUCCAGAAACCUCCUCACACGACUGUUCAUUCCCAGCUGAUUCCUGUGUCUGAUGUAAGUCACAUGGUGUUAACCAAAGAACCAAGGCUGUUUCUAAUUCUUCGAACAAACAAUGUUUGGACUAGCUGUUAUUUAAAGACAGAAAUGACUUAAUAGAUCUUUUUGAACAAAUAUAAAAUGAGCUUCUGUAAAUGUGACUCACAGCUGAGAAUUUGAGAUACCUCUUUUCUGACUGGUUGUGCAUUAUCGUAUUGGUAGCAAUGUGCUUGAUUUCUAUUUUUGUGUUUUUUUUUAAUCAAAGCCACAUCACAAAAAUAUAAGUCAGUGCUGUCAAAUUAGCUUACUUUACCUAUUUUAUACAUAGAUCUGAAGUGUGCAAUUUUGAGAACAGAUUCAGCUUUUGUGUCUGAAGUCCUGGUGUUGUACAGUAACUGUGUAGCAUAUACUGGUCGUAUGGAAACAGACUCAUGCUGCAUUAUAUGUACAUUUCCAGCCGAUAUCCUCAUCAUUGGAUAAUUUAUGUAAUAUAACAUGGUUUUCAACUAAUGUUUCAACUUGAAUUUCCUUGAGAUUCAGAGCAUGUAUAGCCUUAAACAUUUAAGACACCAAGCACAGUUUUAAAGGGAAGAGGUUAUAUUUGCAAGUCCUGUUUAGCACAGAAAUGGGAGAAUUAUUUUUAUAUGUCAAUCAAAGAUCAUAGAAAAUGGGUAUUAUGCAGUCGUGUUACCAACCAUGCUCCUAAUUAUAUGCUUUUAUAAAAAGCAUUUCGGCUGAACUUUUUAGACAUGAGACAUCAGUGCUCAUUUUCCUUCUUGAAUUUGCUGAUUUUGUUGUUGUGCUUUCAUUUCUGUACAGAAUCUUGGAGUCUGUGUUUUCUCUCUGCUUUCAGGAUUCUUGAGCUUCCUUUCCUAUUCUGUGGUUUUUAAGUUGAAUAAGCAGUAAUUACAAUUCUUUUUUUUCUAAAUGUAUUUCGAUGGUAACAUAGGGUGAAUGACUGUUUUCAACUGUUUACGUAGCUUAUUAAAUUCUUAGGACUUUGUUUGAAUCUGUCAUUAUAACCCAGAUGAAGACAUUCCUUUCAUGGCGUCUCAGUCCACAGCAGGUGAAAAUGGAGUUCUGGCAAUGAGCGUGUGGAUCUGCAUAUUGGGUGUCAAAUAGUGAAUCCCCGGAAGGAUUUAUAAUUAUGUGUCACACUGUAUCUACAGCAUCUCCAGUCGUGUGAUGUCAGAUACUUCUUGUUUUCUUUAUUAUUAACUAGCAAAAAAAGGACUUUUAUCAUUUUGCGCUAGUGUAUAUUAAACUUGAGGGUUUCCAGUGUGCAAGAUUAGUGUUGUCAGCAUUCUUUCUGUUAAAAAAAAAAAACAAAAACAACAAAGCUGGUCUUUCAAUGUAUGCAUUCCAUUACUAUUCUGAUUUUGGCAAAAGGCAAAAUGUCACCAGCCAUUUGUCAUUGUAUUUACCUGUACAGCACAGGUAACUUUAAUUCUGUGUUGGUUUCUGAAAACAUACGAUAGUAUACUUUCAGACUGUGGAUCUGUCACAUUAAAAUAGUCAUUUUGCAUACCUGAAGCGUUGCAGCUGCCAUUUUCUAUUUUGUUUGCUCUCUCUAUUUGUAUUGAUUACUCUGUGAAAUGUAUUUCUGUCAGUUUUGGGACAGGAAUGAUAUCCUUUGGUUAACUCAGAAUAUUUUCUGUGCUUGGAAUCAGCUUUUUGCAUGUCGACUUAAUUGCUGGAAAGUAUUUGAGAAAAGGAAAAAUUACUUUUAAAACUCGUUGUCAUUUUCCUUUGGAAUUCAUUAGAUCUUAAACACACAUAAUAGGCUUCAUUUUUUUAGGUGAUAGUAACUCUUUGUCAAGUAUUUGAACUGCUGUCUGCAUUAGAAGAAAAACUUAAAUUUUGGCUCUGUUUCCGAAUUUCCUAAGUUUCCACAAUUCCUAUCCAUUUCUCACAGUCUUUGUUGGUGUCAUGAAUCUUCUACUUGGAAAAUUUUAGAUUAACUGGUGUGAUAAUGUUCUGACAAAUAUGAUGUGUAUACUGGCAAAUAAAGACACACUCAGGUGAUAA